GACUUGUAGGUGCUUUGGAGCUUAUUUAGGAAAAUAAAUUUUUAGCAAAAGAAGUUACUUUAAGAUUUGUAAAAGUCACCUUGUAAUCACAAUAUCCUAUGUGUUACAAGCUGUGCUGAUCUCUAGAACUUCUGAGAGAUGUGUUUGUUAGAUGAGAAAUUUUAAGUGGUAGUUGUUUAGUCUGAAGUUUUGAGGAAUGUGGUUUUAAAAUUCUGCUUCCCCCUCCCAUGCAAUACCUGAUUUGUCAUUUUCUAGCUGCUUAUAUUGGCCAGCUCACUCGGUGGUGGUUUUUUGCUCUACUAAAUUCUGUGAAAAUCUUUCAAGAUCCUUUUUAGACAUCCCUUUGUUUUACUUCCCCGAGGGCAGGUAAUAUAUCAGAGCCAGCUCGCUGUUUAACUAAUGUCUCACAGGUAGGGAGGGAGGAAAAAAAAAACAGGGAAGGGAGAGUGCGUCACAUUGGAGGAGGAGGGGAGCAAAGAAAAAUGAACUUUCUUAAACAAAUCAUGUGCAGACGGACAGACUGCCAGGGCUCAGGCAAUUCUCUGCGGGGGCUCUGCUCUUUUCCCUGCUGGCUAUGAUGGAGGAAGAAGCUGGAGUGCUGAAGGAGGGCUUCCUCGUCAAACGGGGACAUGUUGUUCGUAACUGGAAAGUGAGAUGGUUCGUUCUGCUUCAGGAUAAGCUGCUGUAUUACAAAAUUGAAGGAGGCAAGAAGGAGCCUUCUCCAAAGGGCAGGAUCCUUUUGGAUGGCUGCACUAUUACUUGUCCAUGCCUGGAAUAUGAGAACAGACCGCUACUCAUCAAACUAAAGACAAAAACCAAUACAGACUAUUUCCUUGAAUGUUGCUCCAGGGAGGAACGUGAUUCUUGGGCUUUGGACAUCACUGGAGCUAUUCAUGCUGGUCACCCAGUACAGGUACAAGAACUUCACAGAAUGAAGAACUCUUUCAAACUGCUAGAAAAUAUCAGCCUCCAUGACAUAGUGGAGAGAAUGUAUGACAGCAGUACUGGAAUUAAGCUGACCCGCAAUUUGGAUCAAGGCAGCAGAUAUAAAGAGACCUUCACAGGUUCUGCCCUGGUGGACUGGCUCAUCUCCAACAGCUUUGCUGUGUCACGAUUUGAGGCUGUCACCUUGGCAUCCAUGCUGAUGGAUGAGAACUUCAUCAGGCCUGUGGGGGUCCGCAGCACGGAGGCCAUGCGCUCCAGCGACCCCUCUGAGAAGUUCCUCGAUGACUCCACCGCACUGUACAUGUUUGCUGAGAGCAGUAAGAAAAAUACCAGUUCCAAGGAAGAGGUACAUUUUAACAUCUCUGAAUUAAGUGGCAAAAUUGUGAAGCAAGGAUUCUUAGUGAAACAGGGGCACAAGAGGAAAAACUGGAAGGUGAGAAAAUUUGUUUUGAGAGCUGAUCCUGCUUUUUUGCACUACUAUGAUCCCACCAAGGAAGAAAACAAACCAGUAGGUGGAUUCUCUCUUCGUGGCUGUCUUGUCUCAGCUCUGGAGGACAAUGGAGUCCCAGCAGGAGUGAAGGGCAAUGUGCAAGGCAACCUCUUCAAAAUCAUCACCAAAAAUGACAUUCAUUAUUACAUCCAGGCCAGCUCCAAGGCAGAGCGAGUGCAGUGGAUUGAGGCAAUCAAACCACUGACAUGAGUAAUGUGGACUUCAUGUCAAAUGACAAACUAUUUGUGACCAAGCUUCCUGCUCUCAUUGUCUGGGAGUGUUGUUUUUCCCUUUAUAGUCUAUUUUCAUUAUUUGAAUCACCAUAACACCUACCAAUUCCUGGCAGACCAUGUAGACCAAAUCAUGUAGAUCCAGAAUAAUUCCCCCACCUUGAAUUUACCAUCUAACCAAGAGAUCAAAACAGGUGGAUACAGACAAGCAGGGCUUUACAAAGAAACUACGAGAUAUUCCAAGAUGGAAGAAAAGGAUCUUUUGUACAAGUAUUCAGUCUAUGUCUGACAGAUCCAGGUUGUGCUUUAUCUUAAAGCAGAUUUGUCUUGCUCCUUUCCCCUUUAUAAAGGGGCUCAUAAACUUAAUUUGUUAAGACUGAAACAGCUAAGUAAUGAAAGGUGCUGGUG